GAUAUAAUUGCAGAUUUACACGAAUUAAUUUAUAUCAUCACAAAUUCCGGCGUUGGUUGCGAGAAAAUACAUCUUUAAUCUGGAUAUGUGACGUCAUUGUGGGUUGUAAUCCGGUGUAUCUGGCAACUGUGCGGCCCUUCGACGACCGCUUGUCAUCCUGGCAUUUAGCUUCAUCCUGGUAACUCACAAAGUCCCCGGACCAAAACAAGGAAAGUCUCGCUGUGCCAGCUGCAUCAUGAGCAGACCGGCUGAAGAUGAGACGGUUGCAUCGUUACCAAAUGUCAGCUCUGUGUCUCCCGCGCAGGACAGCGAUGGAAGCAUCCUGAUGCCUUGCCCGUCCAACGUGUGUGUAGAUGACAACUCAGAACCCCUUCGGAAGAAACUGCGCCUCUCCAAGGAAAAACGUGAAGACUUGGACACGUCGCAGUUCUCUGUGGUCACGUUACCAAUUUCGGAGAACGAUGAGGGCUUUGAGGUGACGACGACCAUCACGGACAGUGAUGUCUCAGACGAAGGUGCCGAUCACAUUCAGAUGCUCCAGGAAGGUGAGGCCUCACUUUCUCCUUCUCCAAAGACGGACGUUUGCGCCGUCAGCCAGGCCUGGUUCACCACUAAAGACGACAAAGACACACUGAUGAAUAACGGUCAUAAGUGGAAACAGGGCAUGUGGUCGAAGGAGGAGGUCGACAUUCUCAUCAACAACAUCAAGCGCUAUGUAAAGGGCCGAGGCAUCGAAGACCCCGCAGAGAUCAUUUUUGAGAUGUCCAAAGAGGACAGGAAGGAUUUCUAUCGCUCGGUGGCCUGGGGCUUGAACCGGCCGCUGUUCGCCGUUUAUCGGCGAGUGCUACGAAUGUAUGACAAUCGCAACCAUGUGGGCAAGUACACAACCGUGGAGAUCGAGAAACUAAAAGAGCUGCGGCAGAAGCACGGUAACGACUGGUCAACUAUCGGUGCAGCUCUCGGGCGCAGUGCCUCGUCUGUCAAAGACCGCUGUCGACUGAUGAAGGACACCUGCAACACGGGCAAAUGGAGCAAAGAGGAAGAGCGGCGACUGGCCGAGGUUGUGUAUGAGAUGGCGGGCGUGUCACCGGGCGUGGCGGUCACCGCAGGAGUUUCUUGGGCUUUGGUUGCAGAAAAGGUUCGCACGCGCUCUGAGAAACAGUGCCGGUCCAAGUGGCUGAACUACCUGAACUGGAAACACAGCGGCGGCACCGACUGGGUGAAGGACGACGACCUGAACCUCAUCCGAAGGAUUCUGGAACUUGAAGUGGAGGACGAGAAUGAAAUCAAGUGGGAGGACCUUGCAGGUGGUUGGAGCAGCGUCCGAUCACCACAGUGGCUUCGUUCCAAGUGGUGGAGCAUCAAGAGGCAGGUGUCCAAUCAUAAGGAGAUCCCCUUCAGCGUUUUGCUGGAGGUGCUCCAGGAGGUGAUGGAGUUCUCCCAGACACCCUCUGGAUCAGGAAACCCCUCGUCCUCACUUCAGAUCAGAGUCGCCAGACUGGAAGAGAACAGCAUUGGCUCCGGUGCCAACUCUGUUGCGGCGUUGCAGAUUCCUGUUCAGAUCCCGCUGCAGAUUACACAUCUGACUUCAGAUUCUCCUGCAGUAGCCAGCGACAGUGAAACUAUCACUGUGAACACGGGAGCCCUGCAGACCUUUGAGAUCCUCUCUUCCUUCCACCUGCAGCCCACUGGCACCCCGGGGACAUACUAUGUCCAGACCUCAUCCAAUCAGAGCCUGCCACUCAGCCUCGCCACCACCCAGGGCCUCCCUCUCAGUUUACCCAAUAACAGCAUGGUUACCCUGACCACAGGCACCGCCCCCUCCUCACACGAGCACGUCAUCCUUCACAGCUUGUCGUCAGAUGGCUUCUGCUCCAGUGAUGGUGUGAUCAUCCAAACUGUGACCUCUGACCCCAGUGCUGCCUCCUCUUCAGAACCACUCAGGCAAUCACAGAGGAAGGAAGAUGUAGAGGGGCGGAGCCAGGAAGACAGGUUCCUGGACAGGUCUGAGACUGUUGUCAUGGAAACCCAGGAUCCAGAUGAAUUUCAUGAGAAGGAGUCAAGUCCUUCACAGGAGGAUCCAGCAGUGCACUCUGGGAUAGCGUCCAGCAGCGCUGUGCUCAUAGUGUGUCCUCCGAACAUCAGCAGCACCCUGAUAGAUCCCAUCCUAGAGAACCAGGAAGGCUCUGACUGAACGAGACCCAAAGUCUGGUGUGACGCACCGCCUCUACAGGACGUCCCAGGUUGUGUGAAGUCACUUUAGUGCUGACAUGACUAAACCCCUCCACCCCAAGAUGAAAUAGGAGUACGCUAACAGUCCAUCGCUGUCAGAUUUUCAGAGCCAAAGGUGUUCUAGAAGUUGUGAUGAUGGAAGAGUUGGGGUCCCGGUGGGAGCUGAAUGCCUUAUUUCCCAUUAAAUAGGGCUGCAUGAUGAUUUCCUUCACGAAAGUAGGAAUGUGUGCAUUUACAGGUGACAGUUAACUUUCAUCAACUAUACAUUUCAACAGACUUUGGGCAGCCGACACUCGUCAUCCUAAUCAUUGGUCCGGACAGAUGACUUUGAUCUUUUGGACACCUGAAGUUGGUAAAGGACCCUCAAUUAUAUUAAGACGGCUGCAUUACAGGGUCAGUCCGAUGUGCUUCACAACCCAUCCUGGUUCUUCUGCUGCUAAUCGUUGGAUUUUUCAUAUUUCCCAGAUGAUGGAAUCAGGUGACCUCUGACCUAACCUCCAGCU